AUGGGCCAACCGUCAUUUGCCGCGUCCAACGCGAUCAUCUACGUUACCUAUGGCUUCUUCCUAGUCAUGGGCACAGGCAUCGCCUGGAGGAUGAGAAAGCAGCCCAACACGGACUUUCUCGCCGGCAACAGGACACAGACUGGUCAGAAACAAACAGAUGGCGCCUUGGCGCGCUUUUCCCCUUUCCAUGGCUCAUGCAAACCCGGUCUUGUGCACGGUCAAACUAACUUGUCCAUGUUUCCCGCAGCCUGGCCUCUGGCUUUCAACUUCAUCGCCUCGGCCCUGGGAUCCGGUAUCCUGUUUUCGUACCCGCAACUCGCAACCAUUGCGGGUGUCCAGGGCGUUGUGGUUUACGCCUUGGCAUCGGCGCUGCCUUUGCUCAUCUUUGCCGCUCUGGGUCCCAUACUCCGUCGCAAGUGCCCAGAUGGCUUCGUCUUGACUGAGUGGACACGUGAACGAUAUGGCACGGUUGCUAUGCUAUACCUGAGCUUUAUGACUCUGGUUACCUUGUUCCUCUACAUGGUUGCCGAGCUUUCAGCCGUCGGACAAGUGGUCAAUGCUCUAACAGGCCUUGACGGACUCCCAGUUAUCAUUGUGGAAUGUGUGGUCACGACCAUUUAUACCUCUCUCGGUGGGUUCCGAAUUUCCUUCUUGACAGACGUCAUUCAAGGAGCCAUGGUCGUCGGGCUCAUCAUCAUCGCCACCAUUACCAUCGGAGUCAAAGCCGAAAUUGACCGUGAUCUCAUCGAUUCAUCGGGGCUCACCAAGGCCAGCCUCGUGGGAUGGCAGCUGGUGUACAUCCUCCCUGUUGCCGUCCUGACAAACGACUUCUUCUUGUCCAAUUUUUGGCUGCGUACCUUUUCAUCCAAGACGGACAAGGACCUGUGGAUCGGCGUUUCGGUUGCGACUGUAGCAGUCCUGUGCAUCCUCACCUUGGUUGGCGCCACAGGCCUCAUCGCGGCGUGGACGGGUGCCUGGCCUGGAGAAUCGGACAUUGAUGGCUCGCUCGCCUUCUUUGCGUUGCUCGAGCAGCUACCGAAGUGGGUGGUGGGCAUCGUGUUAGUCAUGGUGGUCAGCUUGAGCGUCUCCGCAUUCGACAGCUUGCAGUCGGCUAUGAUUUCGUCUGCGUCCAACGACUUGUUCCGCAACCGCCUGAACAUCUGGAUCAUCCGAGUACUAGUUGUGCUUAUCAUCAUUCCCACGGUGGUGAUUGCCCUCAAGGCGCCGUCUAUCCUCCAAAUCUUCCUCAUCAGCGAUCUUGCCUCGGCGGCAACCAUUCCCCCGCUUUGUCUUGGCUUGAUCGAUGGCUUCUACUGGUGGCGCGGGUUCGAAGUCGUGGUGGGAGGCCUGGGUGGCAUCCUGACCGUGUUCAUUUACGGCACCAUCUACUACGGCGAUGCUAAGAGCGGCGGCGAACUCAUCUUACUCGAGCAGGGCCUCUACGCUGGAGAUUGGGGUGCUUUCGGAGCCUUCGUGGCCGCCCCUGUGGGUGGUAUCAUCUGGGGCUUUAUCGCCUUGGUGGUGAGGCUAUCCGUGCAGUUUGUUCGGGCCAAGUCGCGCGGAGAGCGAUUCGAUGCUCUUGAUCGCCCGAUUGCCGAUGCCGAGGCUGAGGAGGAUGAUGCUCAGCUCGUGACUGAGGUCCAUGCCCCGGUUGCCGGCAAGUUCUUUUGA